GGGAGUAGUAGUGCAGAUGAAGAGAAGAAUAAUAUACACUCUGCUAGCUAGCUAGCUGUGUCCGUGUCCGUGUCUAUAUAAGGAGCACCCGGCCCCUCCUCCUCCUUGAGCACUCUCUCCUCACCCAUCCUCGAUCUAGCCGGCCGGCCAGCCAGCUAAUAGUAUUACUCUCCUUGGGUGUAGUGUAGUGGUCUGUCGAUUGAGGUAGCUGGGAUCGAUGGCCGGCGGCGCCAUCGUGAACACGGCCGGGGGCAAGGACUACCCCGGCAAGCUCACCCUCUUCGUCUUCUUCACCUGCGUCGUGGCCGCCACCGGAGGCCUCAUCUUCGGAUAUGAUAUCGGUAUCUCAGGCGGCGUGACCUCCAUGGACCCUUUCCUGAAGAAGUUCUUCCCGGAGGUGUUCCGGAAGAAGCAGGAGGCCAAGACCAACCAGUACUGCAAGUACGACAACCAGCUGCUGCAGACCUUCACCUCCUCGCUCUACCUGGCCGCGCUCGUCGCCUCCUUCUUCGCCGCCACCGUCACCCGCGUCAUGGGCCGCAAGUGGUCCAUGUUCGGCGGCGGCCUCACCUUCCUCAUCGGCGCCGCGCUCAACGGCGCAGCCAAGAACGUCGCCAUGCUCAUCGUCGGACGCAUCCUCCUCGGAAUCGGCGUCGGAUUCGCCAACCAGUCUGUUCCGGUUUACCUGUCGGAGAUGGCCCCGGCGCGGCUCCGCGGCAUGCUCAACAUCGGGUUCCAGCUGAUGAUCACCAUCGGCAUCCUGGCGGCGGAGCUCAUCAACUACGGCACCAACAAGAUCAAGGCCGGGUACGGGUGGCGCGUCAGCCUGGCGCUGGCGGCGGUGCCCGCGGGCAUCAUCACCCUGGGCUCCCUCUUCCUGCCCGACACCCCCAACUCGCUGCUGGAGCGCGGCCACGCCGACGAGGCCCGGCGCAUGCUCCGGCGGAUCCGCGGCACGGAGGAGAUCGCCGAGGAGUACGCGGACCUGGUGGCGGCGAGCGAGGAGGCGCGGCAGGUGCGCCACCCGUGGCGCAACAUCCUCAAGCGCCGCUACCGGGCGCAGCUGACGAUGGCGGUCAUGAUCCCCUUCUUCCAGCAGCUCACCGGCAUCAACGUCAUCAUGUUCUACGCGCCCGUGCUGUUCGAGACGCUGGGCUUCAAGGGCGACGCCUCGCUCAUGUCCUCCGUCAUCACCGGCCUCGUCAACGUGUUCGCCACCGUGGUGUCCAUCUUCACCGUCGACCGGCUGGGGCGGCGCGCGCUGUUCCUGCAGGGCGGCGCCCAGAUGAUCGUGUGCCAGGUGGUGGUGGGCUCCCUGAUCGCCGGCAGGUUCGGGACCAGCGGCAUCGGCGACAUGCCCAAGGGCUACGCCGCGGUGGUGGUGCUCUUCAUCUGCGUCUACGUGGCGGGCUUCGCCUGGUCCUGGGGCCCGCUCGGGUGGCUGGUGCCGUCGGAGAUCUUCCCGCUGGAGAUCCGGCCGGCGGGGCAGAGCAUCAACGUCUCCGUCAACAUGCUCUUCACCUUCUGCAUCGCGCAGGCCUUCCUCACCAUGCUCUGCCACCUCAAGUUCGGCCUCUUCUACUUCUUCGCCGGAUGGGUCGUCAUCAUGACCGUCUUCAUCGGCCUCUUCCUGCCGGAGACCAAGAACGUGCCCAUCGAGGAGAUGGUGCUCGUCUGGAAGUCGCACUGGUUCUGGAAGAGGUUCAUCGCCGACGAGGACGUGCACGACGUGCAGAUGGCCUCCAACAACGGCAACACCAAAAAGGGGGCGCCGGCAGAUGCCUGAUGAGAUUCUUCUCUUGAUUCUCUUUUCCUCUUUCUCCUCAUUGCCUUGCCCAUGCCCAGCCGGAUUGAUCGAUGAUGAUUGUACAUGCACAUGCCCAUGCCCAUGCCCAUGCCCAUGCCCAUGCCCUUCCUUCUUUGGACAGGCAACCAAGGCAGGCAGGCAACCAAUUCUCUGUGUCUCAGCUCUUCUUCUUCUUGGCUUGUGAUCCAUCCAUCCAUCCAUCCAUGCUUGCUCCUCCCCUUCCGUGAUUAUUCCAUCAAGUAUUAAUUUGUCUGUGCAAGGACUACGGAGUGUUUGUUGUUACGCCCAUUAAUCAAUUCUUGCAUGCAAAAGAUGAACACAA